AUGAUAUCCGCAGAAAGUCUGAAGAAAAUCUCUCUUAGAUCUUUUUCAAAAAAUGUGUUGUCCUAUUUUUACAAAUGUAGAAAUGACGAGCGCCUGUUGGCGAGCGCCAUCUGCUGGUUGUUAGACGGAGUUGACGAGCGUAAAGACGUGGCAGAUCAGACGGAUCUGGACGAGAGUGAAGACGUGGCAGAUCAGACGGAUCUGGACGAGCGUAAAGACGUGGCAGAUCAGACGGAUCUGGACGAGCGUAAAGACGUGGCAGAUCAGACGGAUCUGGGCGAGAGUGAAGACGUAGCAGAUCAGACGGAUCUGGGCGAGAGUGAAGACGUGGCAGAUCAGACGGAUCUGGACGAGAGUAAAGACGUGUCAGAUCAGACGGAUCUGGACGAAAGACGAGACGCGACGUAUUCGACGAAAUCUACUGAAUGUUCAAUUCUUUUAUGUUAAUGUAUAUAUAUCCUAAAUGUCCUAAAUGUAAUUAAAUGUGCGUUCUAAAAUAGUAGUGAUUUCUGAGUCCUAC